AUGUACAAGAGUGAAACUCGAGAUAGCUGUGCUUCAAACAUCUCUAGCCAACCCAGAAAGAUACAACAUCUCCAUCAGAAUUUUUCUUGGGAAGAGCUUCUUAGGAGGGUUGCCUUCAACGGGAAUUCCUCGCUUACUGCGAGAGGACGAAGAAUCGUCAUCAAAUAUGCGAGGAGCCACAAUUGUAUUAAAGAAAUCAUUCUUCAUCUCUUCGGCUGCGCUGCUUCAAAGAAACGGUUGAUACCGCCAAAGAAACUAUGUUUAAUGGCUUUAAUAUCACCACGUAAUCUGGGGAAGUGA